AAAAAAACAAAUCAAAACUUUGCUAUGAGUGACGAGGAUCAAGAUUUUCUGGAAGUAAAUCCCGAUUCAACAUGGCUGGAAAAGACAACAAUUGGUGGAUUUCGUGUUUGGCAUAUAAUAGCCAUAUGUCUGGGGAUUAUAAUGAGCAUAAUUAUAAUGGUGUGUUGUUGUGUACGAUUUCGAAUACCAAGAACAAAACAGGAAAUCGAGGCCGACUAUCAACGUAAACAGAUCACAAAGAAAUUUCGUGAAAAAUUGCAACAAAUUAAAAAUUCCGAAAUGGAUGAUAUGGAUUUACAAAAAGCCAUUGAAUAUAUACUCUCCAAUUAUCUAAUUAAGCAAUGCAACAGUGUUGAAAGCCUAAAUAAGGAUCCAAAUAAAAUUAAUAAUAAAAAUAAUCAUAUAAGUGUAAUUGAUAAUAUUAAAGUAUAA